AUGGGCGAAUCAAAUGGUUCAAAUGGUCGGAAAGCAAUUACAUGACUAAGAACAAGGUUAAAAACAAAUUUCAGCUUGGUCUUGCAAAGAGGAGGAACAUGUUCAAAGACUUAUGUUGCUUAUGGAGACAUAAUUAUGGAAGUUAUAUCAUGAUACUGACUACACAUCUGGUUGCUGUUACACGGAGUGGGGUCGUGGCAAUGUGCGGAGAAGACACAUACAUGAAUGGGAAGGAGGUCUGUCAUGAGAAUGAAGCUUCCACUUGUAGCGGAGAAAACUUUGCAACUCACAGUGGACUAUUUUAUUCUCAUUUGGCUCUAGUUUCUGUAGAGGUGUUGUUCCACUUCACAAGACCACCAGAGAUACAUCAAGUUACAGGGAUGAGGGUUUGAGCAGAGUGGAGGAACGUUAUGACAAAUGGGUAGUUCAGAGGCAACUUGCAUCUAUCUUUGCUCUCAAGUUUCUUGUAACCAAUUUCUACAAUCAAUAUAAUCAUAUUUCAACUUGUUCUUUGCUCUUACUGGUUUUGAUACUCAAAACCGUAUCAGGGUGCACCAAAAAUAAUUAAAUGACAGCACAGAAUAUACACUGGUUUACCAUAUCAGGCUUCCCUUUUGCCAUGUUAAGAUAAAGUCCCCCAAGGAAUUGUAAUGGUCAGCCAAAAAACUACCGAAUGAAUCUCACAAAGCGAUGAAGUCAAAUGAGAUCUAACAAAUUUCCUCAGAACCUUCAGGGCAACUGAAUAUAAUUAUGAAAACAUUUACAAUAUAUAUCUUCACAGUUCAAAACAAUUUUUGGUCCUCCACCAAAUCGGCAAGAUGUGGUGUGCUAAGUAUGUCUUUUCUCGAAAAAUUACAACGCUUUACCCACAACUGGGGACUAAAGAUACAACGCUUUACUCACGAAUCUCCCAAGAAGUACCCAUUAUAACUAACGGUUUAGUUUCGUGAUCAUUCAAACAAAUUGAAUGUGUGUUGUUUCUUCACCGUGAAACGUUUUACCACUUAUCAAAUCCAAAAGCAAAACAGUUAAUGACAGGCAAAUUUUAUCAUAUAUUAUUUAUUACUUUUCCUGGUUCGACAUUCAUACCUCUGGGAAAACACCUAAUGUCAAUAAAGCUUCGCGCCCACAGUCAGACCUGCACUUGCAGAACGGCUUCAAGUUUAAAUCAAAAGAAGACAAAAACAAACAUAGGAGAAUUUGGCACAUCGAGGCAUGGCUGCAAAACAUUUCUCACCUAGUGACAUCACGUAGCUCCCAUAGAAUCCACAGAAAUUCUUCUGUUUGUGGAGGGGACUUGAGCAAACGAUCUACAGCACCCACCUGAAAGAAGUAUAUGAUAAAUAGUAGAAAAAAAAUAAAUCUACAUAUGUGAAGCAUGUGCCGUUUAUGGUAACAUGAACCCACCACCCUCAAAUGCAUUUCAAGAUUUACUCCAGUUUCCAGUAAGCUGAAAGUAAAACCCUUGGAUAUCAAAACUGAAGCAUAGCGGAGAGGGACGCACUCCUCCUUGUUCAGAUCAACAGAUCCCUUUAGAGAUUGUAUUAUUAUUGUAGCUGUCAGUUGUGAAUGAUGUAGCAAAACGCUCAAUCCUGGAAAACAUAAGCUAACAGGCUAUAUUAAAACUAUAACGCACAUAAUGAUCAAGUGUGGGCUAAAUAAAAAUACCUGCGCGAGAAGACAUAAGUGAAAGAGUAAUGAUUCCCGUAACCAUUGCGAUAUCAGUAAAGACAUCCAUAAUGUCUCCAAGUUCAGAAUGCAAUCCAGGUAUUGAGAGAAGUGCUCCUGAUCAAUGUGAAGUGGGAGAGAUAAGCCCAUGCCACGCAACACGGUAGAAAAAAGUUUUAGCAAUUAAGACAGUGCUUAAGGUAAAACUAAAGACUAAUUUAAAACAAGUGAUUUACCUUCAGAAGUGCCAACAUGUGAGAGUCAGUUCAGAGUUGGAAAAUGGACAUGGCCCAUGAAGCACUUAGUUUACUUGUGGCUUUGUAUAAAAACCCCUCACACCCAACGGCAUGCCGCGAGUAGCCUGCUCAACAACUCCAAGCAACAGCAGAGCAAUAGUGGUUGAACAUCAUGACCAAACAAAAAUAAAAGUUUAUUCUUUAAAGAGAAAUCUACAUUGUCUGCGACAUAAGACGAGACCUCCGACACUACCGUAUCCACAAAACUUAUUUGAUACAUCUUUUUUUUUUUUCUUACUUAUUUGAUACAUCAUUAGUAGCUAACUGGUCAAAGACUUUAACCAGCAGCUGCAACAAUCGCUUAACUUCGACAGGCACAUCUACAGCAGCCAGGGGUAGAGAUACUAUGUCUACAGAUGAUAGACAUUCCUCUAUCGUUCUGUUUCACAGAGUGCAAUACUAAUGUCAAGUCGUCAAGAUUACCUUCAGUGGAAUUCACAAUAUCAGUUAUAGAACGACCUUCAAGAAUGAUAAUGUACUGCCCCAAAUCUUUCACGAUGUUCCAUCAAGCUCAAGCUCCGAUAGCUACCUCUAACCACCAGAUGGUUGGUUACAACAGCCUGCAAAGAGUCCUUUAACAUAAAUUGAACCCUGCAAAUGGGAACGAUCAACCAACUUUCUGAUCGCAUAGAGGCAGGGUGAAGGUCUCCCUUUCGAUACACAAGAUGACAGAAUCAAAAGGUAUGCAAUACUUGUGCUACUAUUUUGUCAUAAACCAUAUUAUGGCAAGACAAAUAGAAAUUACACAAAUAACUUUCUCUAGCGAGUGUGCCAUCCUUAGAGUCACAGUUUUGAUACAGCUCUUGGUCAAAAGGACAGGAAAGAUCCGGUCUGAAUCUAAGAAGAAUGGAACAAAACGAAUGGGAAAAGCAACAGACAGUAAUUUGAAGAUGAGUCAUAUCGUAGCAGUUACAUUCGCUUCCAAAGGACAGGGUGCAAAGAAAAGGGUUGUAAAGUGGCUUAAACUUUGAUUCUCCUUUCUUACAAUUUAAAACAAGGCCUGGCAUAAAAAAAUUCAAUUAAAGUUUACUUAUACAUGGGAAAAAGCAUUCCAACAAAACUUAUAAUAUGUCUAUUUUACUACUUGAAGAUCUUUAAUAGUUAGAAUCAAGAAAAGGCAAGGCGACAAGGGAGAAGGGAGAAGUUUGAGGCAUUCUGCUCCAAAAACUCGCAAGCUGUGAUGAUUAGUGGCUCAGCAAAUACGUCUCUCCUAAGUCAAUACAAAAACUGCUUCAGUCUGGUUGAGAUUUUUAAAAUCAUGCCAAACGCAACUCAGCAUGUACUCAAGAAACAAAACAAAUUAACAUCACUCAGCAAGGGCUGAUUCUGACGACUUAUCGUAAAACUGGAACAAAUAGGUUACAGUCUCACUACUUAGGGAUCGAAACGACAUUAGAAGAGGUGAUAAAAAUUGCGUUUAGAAACGAAGCCACAUGAGAAUGCGAAACCCACAUGUUGGCCCGGUUGUGCUAUACGAUAUAUACUCGUACCCGAAAUUGAAUUUCAUUAACCGGAAAUACAGUUUUGCGGUUUAUGAGCUUAAUUAAUACGAACCGCCUUGGUGAAACCGGUAAUGUUGACGAAACUAUUUAUUACUAGGGUUUCGUUUUGUUUUAGGUCUUAAAGAGAUAUAGAACCAUGAAGAGGGUGAAGAGGAAGGAGACGAUACAAUGUCUUACGUUGAAGGAAGAUGAAAACGACCCGUUUUCGAUUAUUCCUCUAGAUCUAAUCGUAGAGAUUCUCCUGAAAGUUCCGACCAAAUCUGUAGCUGGUCUUGUCUUCGUUUCAAAAAAAUGGUUAUCCAUAAUCAGCGGCAAAUAUUUUAUCAGUCAGUACCUGCAGGCUCGAUCUCCACCUCGGCUUCUUUUCACAGUUUUCAGCUCCGGCAUGACAGUGCAGUUCUUACAUUCAUGUUCCCAGGUUGAUCCAUCUUCUGACAGUCAUAGGGUAAACAUAACUCCAGAGAAGAAGGAGAAGAAGAACCAUGUGCAUGCUUUUUCUCCCCCAAUCCGCGGUUUGAUCUGCCGUCAAAUGGAUUCUAGAGUGAUGAUAGGAAACCCUACCACGGGCCAAGUCGUAACGUUGCCUAGACUCAAAACUAGAAGAAGAGGUGUGUUAUCCUUUUUUGGGUAUGAUCCAGUGAAUGAUGCAUACAAAGUGUUGUGCCUGACAGUACUACGAGGUCGUCAAGAACGCGAAUCACAAGUUGUGGCCAAAGAUCAUCAAGUGUACACUCUAGGAGUUGCCCAACAAAAAUGGAGAAUGGUUGAGUGUAAGCAUCCUCAUCUUCCUCCUACUCCUUCUUACCUUACUAAUAAAGGGAUAUGUUUAAAUGGGGUACUGUAUUAUUAUGCUUGGAUAAAAAAUGAAGGAGCCUUGAUAAGCUUCGAUCUGAUAUCUGAAGAGUUUAAUGUCGUUAAGUUGCCUGAGGAUAUCCAUUGUCUAGUGAACUACACUGGAAAGGUAGCUACAACUAGGUGGCCUACCGGUAACUACACUGAAGUUCACUUGUGGGUUCUAGAAGAUGCCAGUAAGCAAGAAUGGUCUAAAGUUUCGAUUUGUGUUCCUUUUUUGAGAGAAUUAGCUGGAAAAAACCAUGGAUUCAGGUUCAGGGGUACAGUUAGUACUGGUGAGCUUAUAUUCUCACCUUUCUCUUCCCAAAAUAAGGCCCCAUUCUUUUUCAUCAGUUACAAUCUCAAGGAAAACAAAGCCCAAAAAGUUGUGGUUAGAGAAUUUGGAAGUCUUUCUUAUUACAUGGAAGUCUAUUUUGAUCAUGUCGAGAGUCCUAUGUUCUGUCAAAUCUAAGUUAAUCCGUUUUCUUUUGUUGCUUUUCAUUGAAGAUCUCAGACAGAUUGUAGUUUUGUGUGGAGACAUUUGAAGAUGAACAUUAGUUUUGUGUUGGCUAUAGUUGGACAUCCAUCCACAUUUUUAUUUUUAUUUUUAUUUAGACGAAUAAGUUUAAUCCACCAAUAGAAGAUGAAAAUGAUGUUACAUGAAGAUGGUCUGACUUGUAGAAGAGUUUUGUAAUUACAGCGGAAAAAUCUAUACUAUACUAAAAGCCCUAUAUACUCAAUGGUGAAGCUGCCACGUCACCAAAAAUAAUCAGCCAAUAAGAGAUAACAUUUUUGCCAUGUCACUACUGCUUCCGAAAAAUGAAGCUCGAAACUAGACUUCCUUUUGGGCUGUCCCUACAUUUACGUACGACCCAUAUCAAGUCCAAUAUUGCCUAGCUCUAACUUUGUCUGAAGCAUCUAGAGUUCAUCUUCCCGUCUCUUCCACUUCGUCUUCAACCCCGUUACUGCAAGCUCCUAUCAAUCAUUUAUGCUCUUUAAAUGUUUUCUCUAUUAUAAAUACCAAUUUAUCCAUUAAUCCAAGCAUUUACGAGUUCUCCAUCACUACUUCUACUAUCUCGCAUUAAAGUGGAAUUAGCAUCCUCCACCGUAGCUCCGCAUAUAAAUGGGUUCGUUGCAUGCGUUGGUAUUAUACGGUUUCUUUGAACACUCAGACUCCCAUUUCUUAAAUAAAAAUCAUGACAACAAAUCAGUGAUUAUAGUGACUAAAUGCCAGGUAGAAAAAUGGUUUUCAGAAAAUUACUACAUUUUCAUGUAAAGCCUAAGAUACCAGAAUUGAUGAAAGUUAGGACAAAGAUUAUGUCAAGAGAUACAAAAUCAUAUAUAUAAAGAUAAAUAGAGAAUUAAUAUCAAUAUAUCGAGCCUCAUAAUAAUUAAAAGAAAAUUAAUUUCAAAUUUAAUAUAUGUUUUUAUUUAUAAAAUAUUGGUAUUAACUAUAAAUAAUUUUAUACAUUUAGAAUAUUUCCACCCCUACCUAUUUCUUAUUAUAAAUUAGCAAAAUAACAAAUAAAAUUUAAAAUUAGAUAAAAAUACAUAAUAAAGGCCAAUACCAUAAUAUAACCUAAAAUGUAUAAAUUUCAAGAAUAAACAAUGCAAUAUUAAUGAAUUACAGUAGUUAAAAUGAGAUAAUUUGAGAACAAAUGGUUGCAGAAAGUUUAAAACAAACCAAAUAAAUAUAGAAAUAAUUGUAACACAUUAAAACUAAAAAUGAAAUUUAAAAAACACAAUAUCAGCAAAACGAAAUACAAUGUGAAUAGGAAAAUUGUCAAAUACACCAUAUUCAUAAUGCCACUUUUCAUAUUUACACUAAUUAUUUUUACCUUCAUUUUUAAAAAGGAAAAAAAAAGACAUUUAUAACCAUAGAGUUAACUAAUCUAGACUUGGAGUUUAUAGUGGAUGGGGUAGAGUUUUUGGAGUGUGAAAUUUAGGAUUCUAAUAAAUAUAUAAAUAAAUACUUAAAUAAUAUAAAAAACUUUUAGAAAAUAGUUUCAAAAAUCAUUUCAGUUUUCAAAAAUUCAAAAAAAUAAGUUCGAAUUUUAAAAGUAUAAUUUGAAACAUAAAUUUAUUUAUUUAUUUAUUAUAUAUAGAGAAAAUAAAUGUAUAAGAGUCUUUUGACUCUUAAUAAAGAACAUAUUUUUCAAGAUGUAUCUUUAUUAGUGGUAAACAUGAAUAAUUAUACCAAAAAAAUGGUAAACAUGAAAAUUUUCCAUGUGAAUAA